AUGGUGGAGAGCUUAGAAAGACACACUUUUAAAGUCUUCAAUCAGGACUUCACCGUGGAUAAGCGCUUUCAGCUCAUCAAAGAGAUCGGACAUGGUGCGUACGGAAUCGUAUGUUCCGCUAGAUUCGUAGAGGCAGCGGAAGAGACAAACGUUGCUAUCAAGAAAGUUACGAAUGUCUUCGCCAAAACACUGCUGUGCAAAAGGUCCUUGCGAGAACUUAAACUACUGCGGCACUUUAGGGGUCACAAAAACAUUACUUGUCUGUACGACAUGGACAUAGUGUUCUCACCAGACAAUUCCUUCAAUGGUCUGUACUUGUAUGAGGAGCUGAUGGAAUGCGACAUACAUCAAAUUAUUAAAUCUGGGCAGCCUCUGACGGACGCGCACUAUCAAAGUUUUAUUUACCAGAUACUCUGCGCUCUGAAAUACAUACACUCCGCUGACGUCUUGCAUCGUGACUUAAAACCAGGUAACCUUCUGGUGAACGCAGACUGCCAGUUGAAGGUUUGUGAUUUUGGCUUAGCCAGAGGAUAUUCCGAGAAUCCUGUCGAAAAUAACCAAUUUUUGACGGAAUACGUGGCUACAAGGUGGUAUAGAGCGCCCGAAAUUAUGCUGAGCUAUCAAGGCUAUACAAAGGCUAUAGAUGUUUGGUCAUGCGGCUGCAUUUUGGCUGAGCUAUUAGGUGGGAAACCCAUCUUCAAAGGAAAAGACUACGUUGAUCAACUCAACCGGAUACUUCAGGUUCUCGGCACCCCCCCUGAGGAGACGUUAGAGAGAAUCGGCUCCAAAAAUGUGCAAGAUUACAUCCAUCAACUGGGUUACAUCCCCAAGGUUCCGUUUGUGACGCUAUAUCCACGCGCCAACGCCCAAGCGUUGGACUUGCUUGAAAGGAUGCUUACGUUUGAUCCUCAAAAGCGGAUCACAGUGGAGGAAGCUCUGGAGCAUCCAUACCUCAGCAUAUGGCAUGACCCUGCCGACGAGCCAGUGUGUGCCGAAAAGUUUGAUUUCAAUUUUGAGUCCGUGAAUGAGAUGGAGGACUUGAAACAAAUGAUUCUUGACGAAGUUCGAGACUUCCGCCGAUUCGUCAGACAACCGUUAAUAGAAGAAGAGCAAAACCAACAGGAGCAGCAAAACCAACAGGAGCAGCAACAAUUACAUCAGCAGCAGCUCGAACAAGAGCGGCAAAGCCAGCGAUUUAUGGCGAACGAGCCCACUAUAACAGAUCCCUAUGCAGAUGGCGAUUUUAAACAGCAUGUGCUUUUCUCACAACCUCCCUCGGUUUCGGCAGAACUGCACGAUCAAUUCAUUGGUAUUCAUUCCGAUAAUCUUCCCGGCCAUGAUACAGAUUUUCCGCCGCGGCCACAGGAAAAUCUCCUCAUGUCACCUAUGGGCUUAGAAGGUGCUGGAGACACUAACUCUUUGGAGCCAGCAGGAUCUCUAGAUGACUUUUUGGAUUUAGAGAAAGAGCUAGAGUUUGGUCUAGAUCGCAAAUUCCCUUAG